AUGGAUCCUUUCGUGUCAAGAGAGUGGUCAGCACCAGCUACCAGCAGUGCUGACAUCGGCUGGGAUCGUAGACCAAGGCGCCGGGCACACGCAUCAGGACACUACCGCCCACCGCAUGGCCAACGCCUACAGCCUGCCUCGCUGGCCGACCAGGCAGCCAGGGUUGCUGCGGCCCAUAUCGAAGAUAUAGACCCUUCCCAUCUCCAUGACCUUUCUCCGAGAGCCUUGCGGGUCCUGCUGGGGCACUUGGACUUCAAUGCCCUAUCUCUGAGCACCUGGAAGACACUGCGGGGGCUUGCACGAGCCGGCCAUGUCGACACCAAGGACGAGCUGGCCUUGCACCAGUUCCUGUGCCAUAUCGAGAUGCCAACGGCUGACCUUUCUGUCUACACGGCUCCUCUUCAAUCUCACAACUUUGCUUUCAUAUCACAUCUGCGCAUCGCAGGCUCCUGCCUGAUCAAAUCUGAGGAGCUACUCUACCUUCCACAAUGGGCCAAGAACCUCGGCUUGUUGGAGUUCAUCGAGCCCUCUCAUGUUGGUGAGCCCUUUCCUCGGCUGAGCGACCGCCUGUUUAAGGCGUGGAGCUUGCAUGAUACUCCGUUCCCCCAGUUGAAAGGAAUCAGGCUCUCUACACACAGCCCCCUUGUUACAAAGCAAUCCCUCCAGUAUUUCACCCAAUUCCCGGCAUUGAUAAUGCUUGACAUUAUGUCUGAGCAGCGAGCCUGGACGCAUUCAAAACCCCUUGCCAGUGCCCUCGGUUGGAUAUACUGCGACUGGGUCGAAGCUGAGCGAUGGGCCCACGAAGAGGACGACCAUGAUAAGGGCAACAUGACACCCGGGAUCGUCAACCAGACUUCUCACAGGGACUGGGUGCGAUUGUCUCUGGGUAUCGACCGGCUUUAUUCCGACCCCCGGGGUGGGAUCGGACAUGGCAACGUUGAAAAUGCUGCAAACAACGGCUUCAAGAUCUACAAUCGAUUGGAGCUGCCAGCCCUGCAAAUGCUACAACAUGCGUAUAUCAUGCCUGAGCCACCCUGGUCCUGUGCCCUGGCUUCGCUGGCUCUUGGCCGAGACGUGCACCUCAUACGCCAAAAACACUACUCGUCCAAGAGGAUCUUCUUCUGGCGAUACUGGCAGGACGGAGUGAAACACCCGCUACCUUCAAAGCCACAGUCUGCCGACUCUGUGGCUGAGCGUCGUGACAGAACCGACGCCGCGGUCAUACGGUCAAGCAAGAAACGCUCGGCUGCCUCCAUCAGCGACGUCCUGUCUCGCUUCGGAGGGGUUUGA